GCCACACCCCCUUAGUCACUUCCGUAUUGUUCACAUGUGUGCAGUUUUAAGGCGAAUGGAGCGUUUAACGGGUGUGGGUGUAGUGCCGCUGGCUGUAGGUGCAGUUGGUCUGCUGCUGUUACUGCGGAUGAUCCACAGAAAGAGACGAAAGCAGGUUCUCCAAGAUAAAGUUGUGGUGAUCACUGGAGCCAGUUCCGGCCUGGGCAAAGAAUGUGCGCGGGUGUUCCAUGCAGCCGGAGCACGACUUAUCCUGUGUGGACGUGACCAGAAGAGACUACAGGAGGUCGUAGAGGAGUUAAGGGUUAAAACAGAUGGCAAAAAGAUCUACACACCCUGCACAGUGACCUUUGACCUCUCUGACACAGACACGGUCACCAGGGCAGCAGCAGAGAUUCUGAGAUGCCACGGUCACGUGGACGUCCUGGUUAACAACGCAGGAAUUAGCUUUCGGGGUUCCAUCCUGGACACGAACGUGUCUGUGCAGAAGGACGUCAUGGAGACAAACUACUUCGGCCCUGUCGCUCUAACGCAAGCACUUCUUCCCUCCAUGGUGGAACGAGGUGCAGGACACAUUGUCGUCAUCAGCAGCGUGCAGGGGAAGAUCGCCAUUCCCUACAGAUCCGCCUAUGCAGCCUCCAAGCAUGCGACACAGGCGUACUUCGACUGCCUGCGGGCCGAGGUGGAAAGAUUUGGCCUACAUGUGUCAGUCAUCAGCCCUGGAUACAUUCGCACCAACCUGUCACUUAACGCUGUUACCGGAGACGGAUCCAAAUACGGCGUGAUGGAUAAAACUACGGCAGCAGGACGGGACCCAGUGGACGUGGCUCGCGCUGUUCUGAAGGCCGUCGCUUACAGACAGAAGGAUGUUUUACUAGCUGGGCCGAUGCCCGCUCUCGCUGUCUACCUUCGCACCCUCUGGCCGGCCGCCUUCUUCAGACUGAUGGCUUCUCGAGCCAGGAAAGAGAAGGGAACAAAAGAACAAUGAGCAGCAGCUACAGUUAAUAGAGUGCGCUAAUUGUCAUCCCAUCUUAUUCAGGCAAAAGACAAGAACAACAAAUUUCCUCCAUGUCCUUCAUCACUUUUUUUUUUUGUCACUUGAUUAUGUGCUUCGUUGACGCGAGGGAGACAUCUGUUGUAAAAUUAGAAGCAUUUAUUUACUUUGCGGAGUGGGCAGCACUGCGGUGUCUUUAUACAGACGGUGACCUCAUUCCGAACUGACGUCACCUACCAUCAUCUUUAAGGCCUCGUUUCUCA